AUGGCUUCGCGUUUUCUUUUGAAGGCUGUUGCUUCCUCCUCCUCGCCUUUGAUCCCACAAGCUAGACUACCAUCAAGAGUACGACCACUCCUCUUCCAGCCGACCGUUUUCUCAAGACACAUAGUUCCAUCACAUAACAUAUCCCCCUUUCAUCAUGCCCGACUACAGAGAACCGUUACAGAAGCACCGAAAAAGAAGCUUCGGUGGUAUUGGAAGCUGUUGAUUGCCCUGGGAGCCACGGCUGGUCUUACAACAGGCGGUGUCGUGGUCGCAGACAGAUUCUACAUGGGAGGAAUCCUGACACGCAGCUUGCGAGCAUAUGCGACGAUUGCGCAAGUCGGGGUCGACUACAAGAUGCACUCGGGCAAGAAUCCUAAGGGAGGCCGUGUCCCCAUUGACGAACUCCACGAUCGAAACGCUAUACGAGUAUGUGACAUGAUUAAAACCAACGGCGGUAUCUUUCUCAAGAUUGGCCAAGCGAUUGCAGUGCAAGGAGCGGCCCUGCCAGAGGCCUAUCAGCGCGAAUUCAAAAACAUGUUUGACGAUGCUUCCCAAGAAUCUUGGAAUGAUAUCCAGGCAGUCAUCAAAGAAGAGUUCGGUGCCAGCGUAAGCGAGGUGUUUGGUGAUGGUGUAGAGAAAGAGCCUAGAGCUUCAGCUUCAAUAGCACAAGUUCACUAUGCGAAGCUGAGGGAUGGGCGAGAAGUUGCAAUCAAGGUACAGAGGAGAAACUUGGCGCAGCAGGCAUCGUGGGAUCUCUGGACAUUCAAGUAUAAGACACCCCCUUUUCAUACAGUGUCUUUGAUGGCUGCUAACUAUGGCAAUAGGGUCCUCUGCGACUUGGUAGGGAGAACGACAGAUAUCCAUAUACAAGGCAUCGGUGACUACAUUAUGAACAAUAUUAUGAAGGAGACGGACUUUGAGAACGAGGCAGCUAAUUCGAUGCGGAUCGCUGAGCUUGUAAAGUCAGAUCCUGACUUAAGUGCAAGAGUAUACAUUCCCCAAGUCUAUACAGAACUCACAUCAAAACGCGUCUUGACCUCAGAAUGGAUUCAUGGCGCCAGACUCUGGGAUAGAGAUAUAAUCACCGGUGCACACAAUCCUUCUGGCGAGACUUCUGCAGGCAUGGGCCUCAAGGAGGCUGAUAUUAUGACCACUAUCAUCGAUCUUUUCUCGUCACAAAUGUUCAAAUGGGGGUUUGUCCAUUGUGACCCUCAUCCAGGCAACAUGUUUGUUCGACGUCUCCCGUCCGGCAAACCGCAGAUCGUGCUCAUAGACCACGGCCUUUAUGUGUCGUUGUCUGACAAGCUGCGGCGCCAAUACGCUCGUUUCUGGAAGUCUCUUCUCACCGGCGAUCAGAAAGGACUAGAGGAAGUGUCGGCCGCCUGGGGCAUGAAGACAGCCGAUGCCUGGGCUGAUACCUUCAUGUCUCGCGAGAAGAAGCCAGAGCCGACCGACGAGACGCCUGAAGAGAAAGCACAAAGAGCCAUCAGCGAAGCAUCGGCAUUCUUUGGGGAAGAAGGCUUAUACCCUCGUGAGCUCAUAUUUCUGGAACGAAAUCUAGCUCUCGUCCAAGGUAGUAAUCGCUUCUACGAUUCUCCCGUCAAUAGACUCGGCAUGAUCGGUCGCUCAGCAAUGCUGAAUUUGCGGGACGAUAGCGAAGUGACGUUUGCACAAGCAAUGAGCUCGCGAUGGGCCAUGUUUGUUCUCGAUGCCGUGUUCUACUUCAGUAGGUGGAAGCAGUACAUGAGCUGGGGCAAAGGUUUCGAGGAUGAACUGAAGGAGGCAGAAGAGCGGAUGGCUCAGGAGAUGAAAGACUCCAUGUCUGGCCUCUGGGAAGUGGACAAAGGCGCGGAAUGA